UGCGAUAUUUCCGACGAUACGUGAACGCACCGAGUGAAGCACUUCGGACGGUCGAAGCUGUGAAGGAAUCCAGAAGUUCCUGGUGCCAAGUUUACAUACCCGACGUGAAGGAGGAGUUGCGAGGUCAUCUCUUUUAACAACAAGGAGGGUUAACAGCCGCAAAAUAUCGAGCUCGGUGCCACGGGAGGAGUCCCCAAAGCAGACGGCAGCAACAUGGAAGACAUGACAGUGGAACAGAUAACCAUGAGGGCCAACCAAGUGACUGACGAGUCACUGGAAAGCACACGGAGGAUGCUGCAGAUGGCAGAGGAGAGCAGACAGACCGGCACCAACACCAUGGUGAUGUUGGACCAGCAAGGAGAGCAGCUGAAGCGUGUGGAAGAAGGCAUGGACCAGAUCAACCAGGACAUGAGACAGGCUGAGAAAAACCUCACCGAUCUCUCCAAGUGCUGCGGCCUCUGUGUCUGCCCCUGUGACAGGGUGUCCUCCAUCGAGCACGACUCGCAAUACAAGCGCACCUGGGGUAUCAGAGGCGGAGAGGGCGAGGUCGACGCGAACGGCGCAAAAGUAGUCAUAAGACAACCCUCAGGUGUCGGCAACGGUCAGGCCGUGCAGACGAACACCUCGGCACCUUCAGGCCCGUACAUCAAGAGAGUAACCCACGAUGCACGCGAGGACGAGAUGGAAGAAAAUCUGGACGCAGUCGGCGGCAUUAUUGGCAACCUGAAAACUAUGGCUAUGGACAUGGGCUCCGAGAUCGAUAAGCAAAACAAACAGGUGGACCGCAUCGCUGACAAGGCCGACAUGAACAAGGCCCGCAUCGACGAAGCAAACCAGAGAGCCAACAAGCUCAUCAAAUAGACAAGGGGACCAGGCGUCUGCCUGUUUCAUCCAUCAACCUUGAGCCUCUGUCACCCCACACACACACACACACACACACACGCACACACACUCUGCACACUUGCGCAAAAACACACAAAAAAAAAGUCACUUUGAAAGAAAGUUUCUGCCAGCAAGUGUGCCUGCUUUUUUACUGCACUAAAAUAUCGAUCUAUGACACAAUGAUUUAUACAUUCUUAAAAUUGGGCCGCCACCACAUACCUUUUUAAACACGUGUGUGUGUGUGUGUGUGGUGUGUUAUCACAUGACCGACAGCCUUUUCACUGCCGACGAGUACCACAGGUCAAAUACUCUUCUCGCUAUAUUUUCCCUGUUUACUCUGUCUGUGUGUGUGUGUGUCUCUGUGGUUAUGUAUGGAUGAGGUCAAUGAUCCGUUCUUUUUCAAUAAUUUAUGUAUCGCCUGCAGUUUUUUUUUUGUUUGUUUGUUUGUUCCUGAUGGAUCUAUAAUUACAGCACCACAAUCCUUAAUCUAAAAAUCCUAUUGGCCCCUGUGUGUAAUUACAUGUAUUGUAUCUGUGUUGUUGUUGUUUUUUGAGAUGAUAUGCUUAUUUAAUUAUUCUUUAUGGAGCAGAAAUGACUCGUGAAUAAAGUUGUCUUUUUUCUUUUUAAUUUUUAAACAAUUUCUUCCUGUUUAAAAUAUAUAUAUAUAUAUAUAUAUAUAUAUAUAUAUAUAUAAUUCAAAAAGCACCUACCCCUGAAUGAAAGCAAUUAAAUUUCUUUUUGUAUUCUGACCAAUUGGAAGUCAAGUCUCUUGUAUUAGUUUGCAAGGAAGAUUUAAGAGUCUGUAAAUGUGACGAGAAAUGUUCAUCGGUGUCUUCUCCAAAAAUGUCUAAUUCACUUUAUGAAAAACAACAA